GGCUAGCGGGCGAUCCACACGAACACACGUACUCCUACUUUACUGCGACAAGUCUACUUCUAUCGUCUAUGCGUCAUCGUGUUCAGGGCGAGGCAAUUGUGUGGCUGACGGCCGGGUCCAAGACACUCCCCACGCCCUUCCCCGCGCACCACCUGCUCGGGGAAAUGCCAGCGGUCAAUGCCAUCGCCAUGCGCCCACAGCACAGUGCACCUGCACGCCGCCCUUAAAGCUUCACUCCUCUGCUUACUGCCUCCCUCCCCUUGCGCUUGCGGGAGCGACCAGUGACCAGUGCCACCCACCUCGCCCAUGGCCUGCUGUUUCCUGGUGGCGUAGUCAUAGACUCAUAGUGGGUGGGGAAGGAGGUCCAUGGCACUCUGUUUCUUGCCGCCAGUCUAGUCUAGUAAGUGUUCCGCUGUGCAGCCCGAGCUCCUGCCUGAGUUUGGGUUUGGGUUUGUUUCUCGCGUACGGCAAUGGCGACCGUGGCGCACUUCUUGCUCAAGAUUUUUCUAUUUGCCGUCUUGAGCUCGGCUGUGGCAGCGGCGGAGCAAAAGGAGACCGAGGCGGCGGCGCUGCGGGAGUUCAAGCGCGCGCUGGUGGACGUCGACGGGCGCCUUUCGAGCUGGGACGACGCGGCGAGCCCGUGCGGGUGGGCCGGCAUUGCCUGCUCCUUGGCACGUGAGGUGACCGGCGUCACGCUCCACGGGCUCGGCCUCGGCCUCGGUGGAGCGCUCUCCCCCGCCGUCUGCGCGCUCCCGCGGCUCGCCGUGCUCAACGUGUCCAAGAACGCGCUGUCCGGCCCCGUCCCCGCAGGGCUCGCCGCGUGCCGCGCGCUGGAGGUGCUCGACCUCAGCACCAACUCCCUCCACGGCGCCAUCCCGCCAGAGCUCUGCGCGCUCCCGUCCCUCCGCCGGCUCUUCCUCAGCGAGAACCUGCUCACCGGCGAGAUCCCCGCCGACAUCGGCAACCUCACCGCCCUGGAGGAGCUCGUCAUCUACACCAACAACCUCACCGGCGGGAUCCCGGCAUCCGUCCGCACGCUGCAGCGUCUCCGUGUGGUCCGUGCGGGUCUCAACGACCUUUCCGGCCCGAUCCCGGUCGAGAUUAGCGAGUGCGGCAACCUGGAGGUGCUCGGGCUCGCGCAGAACAGCCUCGCCGGGACGCUGCCCCGCGAGCUCUCCCGGCUCAAGAACCUCAGCACGUUGAUCCUGUGGCAGAACGCCUUGACCGGCGAGAUCCCACCGGAGCUGGGGAACUGCACGAACCUGGAGAUGCUGGCGUUGAACGACAACGCCUUCACCGGCGGCGUGCCGAGGGAGCUCGGGGCGCUGCCCAUGCUCGUAAAGCUCUACAUUUACCGGAACCACCUGGACGGCGCCAUCCCAAAGGAGCUCGGGAACCUGCAGAGCGCCGUGGAAAUUGACCUGUCAGAGAACAAGCUGACAGGAGCCAUCCCGAGCGAGCUCGGCAAGAUACAGACCCUACGGCUGCUCCACCUCUUCGAGAACCGCCUGCAAGGCAGCAUCCCGCGGGAGCUCGGGAAGCUGGGUGUCAUAAGGAGAAUAGACCUGUCCAUCAACAACCUCACCGGCGCAAUUCCGAUGGAGUUUCAGAACCUGCCCUGCUUGGAGUACCUGCAGCUGUUCGACAACCAGAUCCAUGGUGCCAUCCCUCCUUUGCUGGGGGCGAGGAGCACACUGUCGGUGCUGGAUUUGUCGGACAACCGGCUGACGGGCAGCAUCCCGCCUCACCUGUGCAGGCACCAGAAACUCAUCUUCUUGAGCCUGGGGUCAAACCGUCUCAUCGGUAACAUCCCUCCCGGAGUGAAGGCUUGCAAGACCCUGACCCAGCUCCGGCUGGGGGGUAACAUGCUGACGGGGAGCCUGCCCGUGGAGCUGUCGGCGAUGCAGAACCUGUCGGCGCUUGAGAUGAACCAGAACCGCUUCUCCGGCCCGAUACCGCCCGAGGUCGGCAAGUUCAGGAGCAUAGAGAGGCUGAUUCUGUCGGGGAAUUACUUCGUGGGGCAGGUCCCCGCUGGCAUUGGCAACCUCACGGAACUUGUCGCCUUCAAUAUAUCAUCCAACCAGCUCACCGGACCGAUUCCUCGGGAGUUGGCAAGGUGCACAAAGCUACAGAGGCUUGAUCUCAGCAGAAACUCCUUCACCGGCCUCAUUCCUCGGGAGCUCGGCACACUGGUGAACCUGGAGCAGCUCAAGCUAUCCGACAACAGUCUGAAUGGCACCAUUCCUGCAAGUUUCGGAGGCCUUUCCCGGCUCACGGAGCUGCAGAUGGGAGGCAACCGUCUGUCUGGUCCUGUGCCAGUUGAGCUUGGCAAACUCAAUGCCCUCCAGAUUGCUCUAAACCUCAGCUACAACAUGCUAUCCGGUGAGAUCCCAACUCAGCUAGGGAACUUGCGGAUGCUGGAAUACCUCUUCUUGAACAACAAUGAGCUUCAAGGAGAGGUUCCUUCCUCCUUCACUGAACUCUCAAGCCUCAUGGAGUGCAACCUUUCCUACAAUAAUCUUGUUGGGUCGCUUCCCAGCACCCUGUUGUUCCAGCACCUGGACAGCAGCAACUUCCUUGGGAAUAAUGGCCUCUGUGGCAUCAAAGGAAAAGCUUGUCCAGCAAAUUCAGUCUACGCAAGCAGUGAAGCAGCAUCGCGCAACAAGCGGUUUCUUAGAGAGAAGAUCAUCAGCGUUGCCUCCAUCGUCGUCAUAUUGGUUUCAUUGCUGCUGAUUGCACUCGUCUGCUGGCUCUUAAAAUCCAACAUGCCCAAGCUUGUAUCAACUGAAGAGCGCAAGACUGGGUUUUCUGGUCCUCACUACUUUCUUAAGGAGCGGAUAACCUAUCAGGAGCUUUUGAAAGCCACCGGGAGCUUCUCGGAGAGUGCUGUGAUUGGAAGGGGUGCUUCUGGCACAGUCUACAAGGCUGUCAUGCCUGAUGGUCGACGAGUUGCAGUGAAAAAGCUCAGAUGUCAAGGAGAAGGUUCCAGUGUCGACAGAAGCUUCCGAGCCGAGAUAACCACCCUUGGAAAUGUCAGGCACCGCAACAUUGUCAAGCUCUAUGGUUUCUGCUCCAACCAGGACUCCAAUCUUAUACUGUAUGAGUACAUGGAAAAUGGUAGCCUUGGAGAGUUGCUUCAUGGCACCAAGGACGCAUACCUCCUGGACUGGGACACACGGUACCGGAUCGCCUUCGGGGCUGCUGAAGGCCUACGCUACCUUCACAGCGAUUGCAAGCCAAAGGUGAUUCACCGUGACAUUAAGUCCAAUAACAUACUGCUCGAUGAGAUGAUGGAGGCUCAUGUGGGAGACUUUGGUUUGGCAAAAAUCAUCGACAUUUCCAACAGCAGGACAAUGUCCGCUGUAGCCGGUUCAUACGGUUACAUUGCCCCAGAGUAUGCUUUCACCAUGAAGGUGACUGAAAAGUGUGAUAUUUAUAGUUUCGGGGUGGUUUUGUUGGAACUAGUGACUGGGCAAUGUGCAAUUCAGCCUCUUGAGAAAGGAGGAGAUCUUGUCAAUUUGGUGAGGCGGACAAUGAACAGCAUGACACCAAAUUCUCAAGUUUUUGACAGCAGACUCGAUCUGAACUCAAAGAGGGUUGUGGAAGAAAUGACUCUGGUGAUGAAGAUUGCAUUGUUCUGCACUAGUGAAUCGCCAUUGGAUAGGCCUAGCAUGCGAGAAGUGAUAUCAAUGUUGAUUGAUGCUAGGGCCUCUUCUUGUGAUUCGUUCUCAUCUCCAGCAUCAGAAUCACCUAUUAAAGAUGAUUCUUCCUUUAGGCUUUAGAGGCAAAUAUCUUCAGGCUUUUACCACUCAUCUAUCAAGGAAGGAUCCACGGAUUAACUAAGUACAUAGCUAAAGACCAUCUAGUGUAUGCCUGAGCUUCGGGAUGGAACAGGAAAUCUAUCUUUCUGACCUAGAUUAACCACUGGUUGAAGCAUUUGAAGUUGUAUAUUCCUACUUCAACAGUUGCUGUUCAAAAGAAGACAAAUAAUUCAAGGCGCUCCUUCUAUGGAACACCCCAGAUAGGCCGAUAGGUUCAGCUCCGACAGUCGUUAAACGGACCACUCGCGCCUAAGACUGAUACCGUAGCGAUAGCAGUGUACUGUACAUACUGCAAACAGCAUACUAACAUCAUCGGUUAUAGUACAAUAAGUAUAUGCACUAAGCUUUCAAUCUUCUUUUUCUUGCCAACUUACUGUGAUAAAAGAUAGAAAUAAAUUACCUUCGGAACA